GCGGCGCACUUUAUCUAAGAGGCUCUCUCUCUCUCUCUAACUUCUUGGUUUGUUUUCAUAAGAAAAAACCUCUCUUUGUCCAUGCUAUUUCGUCGAAUCUCUCGAUUCCAAGCCUCGAACGGAUCAUCCACGACUUGUUUGUCCAAAUCCAACAAAACCCACGUCGGUUUUUUGCAAAGAGGGGAAUAUGAACUCAAAUCUCGUGCUUUCUUGUGUAUGGCUGACAUGCAUCCUUUUGGUACGUCCGUGAAGUUACUCCGAGGGGUUGCGAGGUUUGGGAGAUGACGACCCAGGUGGUGAAGGUUCGGAGGGCAACUCUCGCUGAGUGCAUGACAUGCCCUCUCUGUCACAAACUAUUGAGAGACGCUACAACCAUAUCGGAAUGCCUUCAUACGUUUUGCAGGAAGUGCAUAUAUGAGAAACUUACAGAUGAGGAGGUAGAUUGCUGUCCAAUUUGCAAAAUAGAUCUGGGUUGUGUUCCGGUGGAGAAGCUCAGGCCGGAUCACAAUUUGAAUGAUGUAAGGUCAAAGAUUUUUCCUCUUAAAAGGAGAAAGGUGAAGGCACCUGAAGUUGUGCCUUCAAUUUCAUUGCCAGUUAGAAGAAAGGAGAGAUCACUCUCAUCGCUGGUUGUCAGCACUCCUAGAGUGUCUGCACAGACUGGCUUGACUGGAAGAAGAACAAAAGCUGUAGCAAGAAAGUCUAAUGCUUUACGAGGAUCCAGUUUUACUAUUGAGGAUCCAGUUAGAAAAGAAGAGGAUGCCACGGAAGAUAGGCCAGGGAGCUCUAGCUCUCCUGAGACUCUAAACAAGAUUUUUCAAAAUAGAAGGCAGAAUUCUUCUACUGCCGAGUGUUCUAACCACCACCUGCCUAAUAAAGAAACUGAGAAUGGUGCUGAGCCAUGGGAUGAAAAAGUUGACUGGAAACCCUUAAACUGCCUGGUUGAAGCUGCAAAUAGAACGAAGUCUUUUAAGUCUCAAAAUUCUGUUGCCAAAUCAGAACCGCAGUCUGCCUCUGACAGCGAAGUGCAUGUUCCCAAAAGCAAGGUUAAGGAACAGGCGAGCAAAUCAAAAGUCCAGGACACCAAAACUGGCACUGCUGCACCUCCAGGAUCUGGGAAACCUAGAAAGCUCCAUGGGAUUAGCCGAAAAAGAGCAUCUGCUUUGAGGGAUCUAGGCAUGUCUGCGCAAACUGUGCUUGAUGCUCGGGGUGUUAAACGUGACAGAAGAGCUAGUCCAAUCUGGUUCUCCUUAAUGGCUUCUGAAGACCAGGCAGGAGAUGCACCAUUGCCACAGAUACCUUCGUAUUACCUGAGGAUUAAGGAUGGUAAUGUACCUGUUUCAUUCAUCCAUAAGUACCUCAUGAAGAAACUUGAUCUUAAAAGUGAAACCGAGAUAGAGAUCACCUGUCGGGGGAAGCCAGUCAUGCCCACAUUGCAGCUGCACAAUGUAGUUGAUUUGUGGCUACAGAUGGGAUCAACAUCGAAAAGGGUGCCAGCUUCUGUGGGAACCUCAGCCAAGGACUUUGUGAUGGUGUUGAGCUAUGGCCGGAAAAUUCAGCCACCAUAGGGGGAGGAUGACAUGCCUCUGAUUUUCUUCACCCACACGUGUUCGAUAAGCAGAAGCCUUGUGAACUUUGUUGGCACCCUUAAUCUUGAUCUUUCAUUGAAGGAGCCUCCUUGCAUGAAUUUUGUUUGCCUUUUACUGUUCAUUUACGCGAUUGUCGCCUACCAUCAGAUGUGUUUCAGUUCUUUGAUGCAAUACUUAACCUGUUUAAUUUUCUCCCCCCCCCCCCCUCUCUCUCUCUCUCUCUCUCUCUCUCUCUCUCUCUCUCUCUCUCUCAGUUUACUCUGUAACAAUAUGAGUACCUUUGAAAUGAUAAGCAUUCACUGAUGCGUUUGAAUAGGUUGAGGAUCAA